AUGGGUAAACUCGACGGCAAAGUUGCUCUCAUUACAGGUGGUUCUCAAGGUAUUGGUUUGGCUACUGCUCAGCAUUUUAUUGCCGAAGGUGCAGAACAUGUCUUCAUUACUGGACGUCGUCAAGAAGUACUGGAUGAAGCUGUGAAAAAGAUUGGUACUAAAAAUGUGACAGCAGUGCAAAGUGACGUAUCAAAUAUGGCCGAUCUCGACAAGCUCUACAGCAUCAUUCACAAAGAGAAGGGUCGUUUAGACAUUGUCUUCGCCAACGCAGCUAACAAUCCGUCUGCACCACUUGGAUCUAUCACUGAACAGCAUUUUGAUGAUUUGAUCAACAUCAAUAUAAAAGGAGUACUGUUCACCGUUCAAAAAGCUUUACCAAUAUUGGUCGAUGGUGGAUCAAUCAUCUUAAGUGGAUCCAUCGGCUCUAUCAAAGGUAGUCCAACUGCGAGCGUCUACUGUGCUACCAAGGCAGCUGUUCGAUCUUUUGCACGAUGCUGGACUUCCGAUUUAAAGGCACGCAAGAUUCGUGUCAAUACUCUAAGCCCAGGCCCUAUUGAAACAUCGAUGCUGAGAGGUGCUGGAAAUAGUGAAGAUGAAAACAAAGCGUUCAUUGCCGGCAUGCUUGCCCGUUCACCGAUGAAUCGGCUAGGCACGCCGGAUGAAGUAGCUAAAGCUGCUGUUUUUCUUGCUUCUGACGAUAGCAGUUAUGUCACAGGUAUCGAACUUUUUGUCGAUGGUGGUCUAGCACAAAUAUGA